AUGGACGUCGUACUGGCCGAUGGAACUCAACUUCACGUCACACGCACUACCCAUCCCGAACUCUACUACGCGCUGCGUGGAGCUGCAGAUAGCAUCGGUGUCGUGACUACCUUCUACCUGCAGACCCAGCCCGCUCCGGCACAGAUCGUCAGCUACUCCGUGAACUUCACUUCCGCGCUGAAGUCUCCAUCUUCCGUCGCCGACGUCCUUCUUCAGUUGCAGAAGUUUGCCCAAUCUUCUCCUCUCAUGGACCGUAACAUCACACUUGAGGUCUACAUGAACAUAUUCGGCACCUUCGAAGUCCGAGGCUGGUACUUUGGCGACCGCACACACUUCUCCAGCGCCGUACUUCGCGCCAUGCUUGAGGGUUUGCCCAAGGCCGACAACACAACGAUCGCGACCAGAAAUUGGCUCGAUGCGCUGCAGGAUAUCGCAGAAGGUGAACCUCUUGUUGAGCCUUUGACUGGCUACGACAACCACCAGACCUUCUACACCAAGUCCAUUGUUACGAGAGAGGCAAAGCCACUUACACGGCGCGCACUGGAGAGCUUUGCUGGCCAGAUCAAUGUUCCAUCGCCUGAUAGUGCGGCGUAUUCGCAUCGCGAUUCGCUUUGGGUUUUUCAGAAUAUUGGUUCCUCGGCCAAUAUGCUUCCGCCUUUUGAGUCUGGCAUCAAAGCGUUCGUGCAAGGACUCAAUACCGCUUUGACAGACGCACAGCCCGAUGGCGACUUUUUGGCAUACCCGAAUUAUCUAGAUCCAGAGUUGACACCAGCGGAGGCGCAUCGAUUGUACUAUGGUGAUGCGACAUAUGGAAAGCUAAACCUGAUAACAUCCUACCACGAUCUCAACCCCUCAACAAUCGACAUCCUCACCACUGAACCCUCACCCCUACAAUUCAUGCGCCACGUCGCCCGCAACCGCCCCUUCAUCGUCCGCAACGGAGCCAAAGACUUCAAAGCUAGAAAAACAUGGAAUGCCUCGUACCUAAAGUCCGUGAUGCAAGGCCAGAACGUCAACGUAGCAAUCACCCCGCACGGAAACGCCGACUCAGUCGUCUCCCUCCCGUCAGAUGGCGCGAUAUUCGUCAAACCGUAUGAGACCGAAGAGCCCUUUGAAGACGUCCUCAACAAGAUCCAACGCCAAGAGCAAGAAAACGACUACAGCGGUCCAACACGCUACGCGCAAACCCAAAACGAUAAUCUACGUAACGAAUACUCUACGCUCUUCGCCGACGUACCCAAGAGCAUACCGUUCGCACGCAUAGCACUUGAGCAAGAACCCGACGCUAUCAAUUUCUGGCUCGGAAACUCUUAUUCCACGACUGCUCUACACAAGGACAACUACGAGAACAUCUACGUGCAGAUACUGGGGCGGAAGCAUUUUGUCCUCUUGCCGCCUGUAGAAGCGGGUUGUGUUAAUGAGAAGAGCGUGCUGGCUGCGACUUACACUCCGAAACGGGAGGAUAGCGCGUCUUCUAGUGCGCUAGAGAAGGGUGAUCUGGUCAUCAAGGUCGAUGAGCCGGAGGAAUAUGUACCUUUCGCGACAUGGGAUCCGGACCAGCCUGCUGCCAACACCACGCCUUAUUCCCAGUACUCGCAGCCACUCCGAGUAACGCUGGAAGAAGGCGACAUGCUAUACCUACCCGCACUUUGGUACCAUAAAGUGAGCCAGAGCUGCAACGAAGAAGGAAUCUGUUGCGCGGUGAACUACUGGUACGAUCUCGACUUCAGCGGCGGGUUUUGGAGUACUGCGAAUUUCGUUCGGAGCGCCGGGCUACUGAGCAUGGGAGACAAAACUGCAGUACAGGGACAAGACCAGAGAUGA